AUGACAAAUAUACAUCAGUUUUCACAAUUAAAAGAUAUUGGUGAACUACCGACGCAUAUCCUGUUAAAAUCAUCGACAACAAAUUCAAAUUCAAACUCAACCCAACCAAUAACUAAUGAAACUACAUCAAAUAAACAAGGAACUUUAUUAAAAUAUCAAGAAAAUGUAAACGAAGAAGAAGAUUUAGAAUUCAUAGAUGAUCUUUCAUUUUCCAAAUUUUCAAAUUUUUCGGGUAAAUCAUCAUCAGUUAUAUUCAACAAUAAUAAAACACGUCUAAUUAAUUCAUCAAACUCACAUUCAAACUCACCGUUUGUCAAAAAAAUAAAACAAGACUUAAAUUUGAACUUUGGUGAAGAUCGUAAAAUACCUACUCAAUCUCAUUUUGUUUUUCCAAUAACUGAAGAAAAUAGUAAAGAGGGAAGCUCAUUAUUAGAAGAACGUAAUAAACAAUUUGAUCAAGAAAUUUUAAAAGCUGAAAAAUUAAGAGAAAAGCAUGCAAAUCAAUUAAAUAAAGUAAAUUCAACUCCAAAACAUCAACGUACUUCAUCAGUAAAAGUAUCAUUAACCCCCGCCCAAAAAUUUGAAAAAAGACCGAAUACCCACCUGUCUAAUGCAUUAAAUGAUUUUAAAUUUCACAAUUUAGUAGGUAAUGGAGCUUUUGCAAGUGUUUAUAAAGCAACAAAUUUAAAAACAAAUCAGAUAAUUGCAAUAAAACAAAUUCGAUUAGAACAAGAUCAAGAUGUUGCCGUAUUAAUGGGUGAAAUAGAUUUAUUGAAAAUUUUAAAACAUCCAAAUAUUGUUAAAUACCAUGGAUUUGUUAAAACUUCUGAUUCGUUAAAUAUUUUACUAGAAUAUUGUGCUGGUGGCUCAUUACGACAAUUAUAUAAAAAGAACAAUUCAGGAUUAGCAGAGAUGCAAAUUGUAAAUUAUACAAAGCAAGUUAUUCAAGGUUUAGCAUAUUUACAUGAUCAAGGGGUUGUACAUAGAGAUGUUAAAGCUGCAAAUGUUUUAUUAACUGAAAAUGGUGAUGUUAAAUUGGCUGAUUUCGGAGUUGCCACAAAAGUUAAUAAUCUGCAUUUUACAUUAGUAGGAACACCAAAUUGGAUGGCACCAGAAACUAUAUUAGGUGGUGAUGGUCUUUGUACUGCAUCUGAUAUUUGGUCUUUAGGUGCUACAAUAAUUGAAUUAUUUACAACCUAUCCACCUUAUCAUGAUUUAAAUGCAAUGGCAACCUUACAUGCAAUUGGUACUGAUGAACAUCCACCUUUACCAAAAAACAUUUCAUCAUUAGCAAGAGAAUUUUUAUUAGAAUGUUUUCAAAAGCAACCUAAUCUUAGAAUAAGUGCAAGAUUAUUACUAAAACAUAAUUGGUUAAAUCAAGAUAUUAAUAGAACAAAAUCAUCACAUCCUUUAAAUAAACCUAGACCAAGUAUGGAUUUAAAAUCAAUUAAAACAUAUACUGAAAAUAAUGAAGACAAUUGGGAUCAUGAUUUCUCAGAAAUAAAAAUACCAAAGAAUUUAGAAUCAACAAGAAUACAUUCACUUGAAAUUGAAGACGAAAAUUCUUCAAUCAUUCCUACAAAAUUUUCAAAACAUGAACUAUUAAACAAAUUUGCUGAAUCUGAAUCUGAGGAUUUGGAUAGUGUGGAAAUGGGUAAUACAAAUUAUGGUAGUUUGAAAAUUAAUAAUAUGGUUGUAAAUGAUGUAGAUGAAUCUGAUCCAUUUUCAAAUAUUCAAAUGGAAAAUUUUGAUACUAAUGAAAUUGAAAUUCAAAAUAAAAUGGAGUACAUGGUGACAAGAUUAGCUCGUAAAUUGGAACAAGCUCAUCAAGGAAAUGAAGAUGCAAUUGCAUCAAUGGUUAAAAUUACAGGAAGAAUGUUACAUUUGAUUAAGAAAUAUCCUAUUCUGCAUGAUACAUUUAUAAGAGAUCAUGGUGUGUUAUCAUUACUUGAAUUAUUGGAAAGUUUUCAAGAUUUUUCCAAGCAACAACAAUUAUGGUAUCAUUCAUUGUCAAUACUAAAUUAUAUAUUUGAAAAUAGUAUUGAUCAAUUAGAAAGUUUUUGUUUCUUAGGUGGAAUUCCAACAGUGGCACAAUUUAGAAGUGGAUCAUACGAUGUACAAGUCAGGUUACAAGUUGCAAGGUUUAUUAAAUGUUUAAAUUGUUCUGAUAAAGCUUUAUCUAUGUUUGUAUCUUGUGGUGGAUUACGUUUAGUUUCCAAAUUUGUUGAGGAAGAUUUUGAUUCAACGCCCAUGUUUCCAUUAGUUGCAAUUGAUUGUAUACAUAAUGUUUUGAAAAAUGAUUUAAGUAGAUCUAAAUCAGAUUUAUGUCGAAUAUUAUCAAAACAUGGUGUAAUAUUUUGGUUUGUUGUUUUAUUAAAUCGUUUAGUUAAAUUUGAUCGUAAUAGGACUGAUAUUAGAAACACGAUUGAGAAAAUUAUGGAUAUUAUUAAAUAUUUUAGUCAAUCAGAAACUAGAGUAAGAAUUACCAUAGCAUCUGCUGAUUUAUUUAAAUUAUGUAUGAAAUUACAUGGUAAGCUUGAGACAGCUGCACAUCAAUUAAUUAUGUUGAAAUUUUUAAAAUCAAUGUCAUGUAUUUCAGAUGUAUUGAAGUAUUUAUAUCGUGCUGAAAUUGUUGAAUUCUUAGUUCAUGUAUUAGAGAAAUUCACACCAUCAACAACUGGUUAUAAAGAAGUUAUUAAUGUUACUGGUCCAAUAUUAUACAAUUGUCUUUCUUUAAAUCAUAUUAAAGAAUCUGAAUUUAUUUCCUUAGGUGGUUUACCCUAUCUUAAAGCCUUAUCAAUGAUUAAUUUACCAUUUAGACAAUUUGUACUACCUAUUUUAUGUGAAUUUGUUCAUUGUGAAGGUCAAACUCGAAAUGAAUUGAAAAAGAAUGAAAUUUUAAAUGUUUAUUUUAAUUUAUUAUUAGAUCCUUAUUGGCAAUCCAAUGCAUUAGAUUCAAUAUAUCAUUGGUAUCAAAAAGAUUCAAAAUAUGUUAAGUUAGACAGUCCAAUGGCUGCAGAUUGUUUAAUUGGUGGAUUCUUAUUACCAAAAGUAUCAAGUUUAGAAUCAACAUUGGAAAUUUAUUUACAAUUAAUCACUGUGAAUACAAAUUUAACUAGAAUAAUGCUGGAUUUAAACAUUAUGAAUAAUAUAUUAAUGAAAUUGGCAAUUUAUAAAAAGAAUCCAGUGAUUGAAUUACAAUUGAUGAAGAUACUAAGAUUUUUAAUUAUAUUUUCUUUGAAUGAAGAUAAUUCAGAUUUGAAGAGAAUUUCAAGAGCAAUUAUUAAUACUUUAGAAUCAUUGAAUUCAAGACUGACUUCAGUAUUAGUUGAUGAAGUAGCUACUGAAAUAUUAACUAUUCUUAGUUAA